AGGGCCUUUUCUACUGCCAGGCGGCUUCAAGCAGUUCAAGACCCCUAUAAAACACUCGGCGUAGAUAAGUCCGCCGACAAGGCAAAGAUCAAAAAAGCCUACUUCAACCUUGCGAAAAAGUAUCAUCCCGAUAGCAACAAAGAUCCAAAAGCCAAGGACAAGUAUGUGGAAGUGCAAGAAGCGUAUGAGAUUCUAAAAGAUCCCUCAAAGAAGGAACAAUUCGAUACAUACGGCGCCAAUGGAUUCGAUGCAAAUGGUAAUCCGCAAAACAAUCCAUACGGCGGCUUUGGAGGGUUUGGCGGCAACCCUUUUGGUGGUGGUGGUGGUGCAGCUGCGGGUGGAUUUAACUUUGAAGACUUGUUUAGUGCUUUUGGUGGUGGUGCACGGCAAGCAGGUGGAACGAGUGGACGCAGUCAGAUCCUCGUGGGUGAUGCGGUGGAAGUUGCUGCAACCAUCAGUUUCAUGGAAGCUGCAAAAGGAACAGGCAAGCAAAUCACCAUUGAACCUUUGGUCAAGUGUCGUCCGUGUACAGGCAGUGGCUUGAAACCGGGAGAGAAGAAAUCAGCGUGUUUGGCGUGUGGUGGUGCAGGCACGCGUGUACACAUCAUGCAAGGCGGUUUCCAAAUGCAAAUGACGUGUGAGGUUUGUCAGGGUGCUGGUAUUGUUAUUCCUCGUGGGAAGGCAUGUGGUACGUGUCAUGGCGAAGGUGUCGUACGGGAGAGAAAGACCGUAAAGGUGGAUAUUCCUGCUGGUAUCGAAGAUGGUAUGCGCUUGCGUGUUGCAGGGGAAGGCGAUGCACCACAGACAAGUGGAGCGCCGCCCAAUGUCUCAACACGCAAUGGCGACUUGUACGUGCACGUUCGCAUCCAGCCAUCCAAGGAAGGCUUUGCGAGAGAGGGCCCAAACUUGCGGUACAAAGCUACGGUGCCCAUGACAACUGCUGCCUUGGGUGGUCACUGCAAGAUUCCCACACUAGAGGGAGAUGUCAAUAUCAAAGUCACUCCCGGUACGAGCACCGGUGAUGCCAUCACCAUGACUGGCAAAGGGAUGCCUCGCAUUGGCAGCGAUGCGAGAAGUCGUGGGCCCGGUGACUUAACGGUUGAGUUCAAGGUCCAGAUGCCGAAACAGCUCGACCCGAAGCAACGCAGUCUAUUGGAGCAACUUGCUCAGAGUCUUGGUGAUGCGACAGCACGGAGAGACGACGGUAAACCAGCA